AUGGCUGAAGUUCUUGCCGAGCAGCCAGACCUCUCCAGCCUGACCGGCUCCCCUGGUCAGAAGCGGAAGCGCGAAUCCGGCAGUCCUGAUCUCGCCAGGAAUAAACGCCCUGCCCCAGCUGCCCACAUGUCUGCCGACCCCGCCUCCUUCAUCGACAGUGCCAUGGAGAGCCAGGCCGUCAACGCGAAUGGCGUCAACGUCGCCGACUUCAACGCUCUGCAGCAGGCCGCCCAAGCAGACCACGAUCAACCCGAAGCUCCGGAUCCUACCAGUGCUACCAGCACCGCACAGGCUGCCCUCGGCAUGUACCCCACCCUACAUGUUCCACCCUCGACAGAAGAGCAAUUUGCAGCCCAGGCAGCCACUGAUCCUGAGCAUGGCCAUGAUCCAACUUUCAACCCCGAUGUGACACCUACAGUUGACAGUAUUAUGGAGCCCCCUCAAGUCGCCCCUCCUCAGCAUCAACAUACACCACCUAAUGGUGUUCCGCAUCAGCCACCACGAUACAAUCCCGCAGCCCCCAACCCCAAACCAACAGUCGGAUCAGAAGAGUGGCACAAGAUGCGAAAGGACAACCACAAAGAAGUGGAGCGUCGCCGUCGGGAAACCAUCAACGAAGGUAUCAACGAACUCGCUAAGAUCGUCCCUGGUUGUGAGAAGAACAAAGGCUCCAUUCUACAACGGGCAGUCAGCUUCAUUUCCCAGCUCAAGGAAAACGAGCAACAAAACAUCGAGAAGUGGACCCUCGAGAAACUGCUUACAGAGCAAGCUAUAACAGAGUUGAGCGCUUCCAACGACAAACUCAAGCAGGAGUGUGAGCGUCUGUACCGCGAGCUCGAGACUUGGAAGCGAGUGGCACAAAAUGCAGGCCUCGAGCCUCCACAGCCCAAAGAGGAGAACACAGCUGCCAAUGCAUCGAGCUAG